AUGUGUCCGGAGAUUUUAACAGCUCCAAUUUCCACCACCCUUAGAGCCGCCGUCACUUUUUUGCUCCGGGAAGUUCAUGUCACUGGAGAAAAUCUUCCGGGUGUUCUCCGUCGACGACCCCGGCUACUCACAAAGUGUGUAGACAAGCAUCUCCGACCGACCCUUUACUUUUUACAGAGUAGUAUUGGUAUUGAAGAUGUUUCAAAAUGUGCGAGUUUGCUAUCUUGUUCUGUGGAGACUAAGUUUAUACCGCGAUUGGAUUACUUUCAGAGAAUUGGGUUUUCGAGGAGAGAUGCGAAAGUGAUGUUUCGGAGGUUUCCUUCGUUGUUUUGUUACAGUAUAGAGGAGAAUUUGGAGCCGAAAUUCGAUUACUUUGUGGUGGAAAUGGGGAGGGAGAUGAUGGAAUUGAAUGUGUUUCCUCAGUAUUUCUCGUUUAGUUUAGAGAAGAGGAUAAAGCCAAGGCAUAUGAUGUGUGUUGAGAAAGGUGUGUGCUUGUCAUUGCCUGUGAUGUUGAAGUCCCACGAAUCGCGAUUUCGUGAUAGGCUGGAAGUUUGUUGUUGCUCUUCUAUGCCGGUGAGACAAUCUCCCUUUUGGUACUGUACAAAAUUUGAUCAUAAUGUAACAUAG